UGAGCGAUCGCGCCUCCUGCCAGACGAUGUAACGAUGGCGGAGGAGCCGGAUCGUGCGAUGUUUACGUUGGACUUGUUGCCUCAGGAAUUGCUCGUGCACAUCUUGUCAUCCCCGCAGAUCGAAGUGGACGAUCUGCUGCGCGUCUCCCAAGUGUGCGCGCAGUUCCGCGAUGCCGUGUGCUGUAACGAGCUGUGGAAGAGGAAAUUUGCUCGUCGGUUUCCUGACCUGUUUCGCCAGUACACUGCCAGCAACACACGAUGGCGCGAGGAAUGCAUGGAACGCCUCUCGUGCGGAGUCAAACUCAGGUCAUGGAUGUCUAUGAUGUCGCGGGACUUCUACUCACACGACGAGCUCUCCGAGGAAGCCUUCCGCGGAAUCAUGUCCCUGAGCGACCACCCGCGGAGUCUGCUCUUCUUCAACGAUGAGCUGGCGACUAUCUUGGAGGACAAUCGGCCGCACGAAGACCUCACGCUCAAGUACUACGCUCGACGGGUACUAUGUCACAUCUGCCACGAGCACAUGAAGCAGCGCUGGGAGUCGUACUUGGGCGGCGGCGACGAUGCCUCCGUUGCCGAGCCCAUUCUGGAAGAAGGUGCCCUCCUCCUCUCCCAGUGGUGUCAGCCACUGCACCGGGUGCCCGCCGACUGGGUGCGUCACACCCUGGAUGAAAUGGCUCGUCGAGCCAAGGCAAUAGCCGCUGCAAAGCACCCUGGACAUCCCAUCGUCAGGUGUGACUGGCAGUUAAACUAUGCAGCGCUACAGGAAUCGAGGUGGAGCUCUGCGGAGUGCCGGUCCUUGCUUGGUUGCAUCAACCAGGCCCUAUUUCACGAGUUUGGCCUGUCUGGAGAUCGGCUGCACUUCCACGUACCGGAGAACUCGUUUAUAGACAAGGUCUUGGAAAAGAAAACGGGAAUCCCGCUGACAUUGUGCGUCAUCUACGGAGCGGUGGCCAGGCGCCUGGGCGUUCACUGCCUGCCAGUCAACUUCCCAACGCACUUCCUCCUCAAGUUUCUGGAGCACCCUCAGCUGCCAGAGGAGCAGCGGUACACGUACAUUGACGUCUACCACGGGGGACGCUUCCUGGCACAGGGCGAAUGCCCAUCACUGUGCCCAAACCUGCAGCUGGACAGGAGAACCUGCUUCUCCGUGCUCCGCACACCAAAGGUGCUGGUGCGAAUGUGCUGGAACCUGGUGGAGGCGUGGCGGCAAUUGGAGGGCAACCUGGGCAUGCAGGGCCUCCGCCAUUCCCUGGAGCUGCUGGAGCUGUUUGAGGGCCGGGGUCGGCAUCGCAGUGACCCUAUGCGGGGAGACAUUGAGCACCGGCUUCUGUUGGCCCGGGUGUACCUUCACCUGGGUAUCAACUAUGAGCAGAUCCUGUGCCUGCUGAAAGGCAUUGAGGCGGCGCACCCAGCAUCGAGCGGCAUCGUGGCCUACAUGUACCGCACCGCCCAGAGCCAGAUGGUGGCACUGGAGCAGCGCAGGGAGACGCGCUCGCAGAGGCAGCCACGCAAGCUACGCUCCGAGCCCCGCUCCCACGCCAAGGUGGCUUACGCCGUCGGCAUGAUCAUGAGACACAAGAAGUACCACUACCACUGCGUCAUCUACGGCUGGGACGGCAAGUGUGCGGCCAAUCGGGACUGGAUCUUCCAGAUGGGCGUGCACAACCUGAGCCACGAGGACAGGCAGCCCUUCUACAAUGUCCUAGUCGAGGACGGCUCCAACCGAUACGCUGCUCAAGAAAACCUGGAAAUUUCCAUGAGCCCCGAAGUCAUCCCGCACCCAGACGUCGGCAAGUACUUCGAGCGCUUCUGCGGCACUCACUACCUCCCAAACGCCGAGAAGGAACACGAGUACCCCGAAGACGCAGAGGUGCGAGACAAGCUGCUGCUCCAGGCGUCACACAGCGGCAGCGACGAGGAAGAAGACGACGAUGAAGAGUCUUGCAGCAUUUAGAGCGCCCUGUCACCCGCCUCGGCGAUUCGACCUCAUUGACGAUCCUAGGGAGGGGUGAGCUCAACGAUAGACCAGGGUCUCCUCUUUGUCACAUUUUUUCAGCUGCACUGCGUGACAUGGACAUAGCCUUGGGACGCAGACCUGCGGAGUUUAUACAAAGAUUGUACAUUUCUCAUCAGUUUAUAUAGGUUAAUCCGUUAAAUUGUUGAGUUAAUUUUCUUCCUUUUUUUUUUUCCUUUACGUUUGAUGUGAUGGAUUUCUGCGAUGUACAGUAUCCGUGAAAGUGUUUCACAUUUGUGUCUCUGAAGGACUGCAAAACGAUGAUGUGUUCGUUUUAUGCAUGAUUGAAACAGUCCCUGUUUUACCUUUGUCUCAAAACUAUGGCGAGACAACAUGAAUGUUGCAUGAUCUGUAUGGCCAGGAUAACUGGCAAUGGUGGCACAACGCAGUUCACCACUGAAUGUGCUCUUCUUUUUCCAGUAUUUUGGUAUGUCGUUGUGUUCAAGGUGGCAUGCAGUGUCGAUACUCAGUCACGUUAAAGUGCUCUUCAGCACCUCUGUCAAGAAGUAGCACAAUUCUGAUUCUUAAAGAACCAGCACCUAAAGGCUGAAGUUCAGCAUAGUAAAAGCUUGCAUAUUGGACACUUGUUGAUUAGGAAGAUUAGAUGAUUCUGAUGUGCUCUCUGGUCCUGGCCAGUGUAUGACUGGCUUGAUACUUUUGAUAAUUUGGCUAAUUCUGACAGUGUCUACAAGCCAUUUGUCUUGGCAGUGUGAUUACCGCUUCACGCUGUUUGCCUGACACAGAAUAGAUGAAUGGUUAACACUCGCGCAAGAUGUUAGAGACGGUUUGGCUAGUAUGUUGUAAGUCAGUGCUAGCAGUUCGGAAGUAUACAACAGCUUUCCUUCAUAAGAAAUAUGUCUACCAUGCGGUAUGUGUAUCUGUGACGCAUAUCUUAACACCGGGUUUCGGCAAGCCGACCAGUGAAGUGCUUCUGCCAUUUGCUCAUUCGGGAAGGUUUUGUGGGAAAGCUGAUUUAGAUGCCGGAAAUACGAGCAUGAUUGAAGAGCUUGCACGGUAAUUAGGUGACUUUGCAGGAACGAGGGGAUGAAUUAGGCAGUAGCGUUUUCCUGCCAGUGUCUAGUAUGAUCCACGUGUAGACCCUGCAGAUGUACAUCGCCGUUUACACAGGAAAGCUCGAGAAAAGUGCAAUGUUACCUUGCUCACUUUUUGCAUGUAUAACGGAGGAAACACUGUACCUCCCAUUGUCCCCUAUAUUAAUGGUAUAUUGUGAACUCGGUUCCCAACAUCUGUUAGCUCUCCCUACUCUCACGUCCUCUCACAUUUACCUCAGAGACUACCGACAGUGUUAUUGCACGUAUAGGCUACUUUACGGACAAGUUUCGGUAUCGCCACAUUUGGAUGUAGUCUUGCAGUUUUGUAUUUUUCAACAACUAAACAAAUAGUGCUACGCCAGUCAUGUGUGCAUAAAAGCGAUUGGAAGGGGAUACUAUGUUUUAUGACCUUAUUCAUUUUUAUCAUGGCUUACAAAAAUAGUAGAACAUUCGUUUAACAGCCAAAGGUCGUCGCAUCAGCGUGUCCUACAGCAAAAUCGUCUAUAGAGUCAAACCUUGUUAUAACGAAAUCGCAUCAGACACGAAAAUGACAUCGGUUACCUCAAAAAUUAAUUACAAAAGUAUGUUUGCUACAAGAAUAUAUUGCCCAGAAUAUUUUUUGUUCGCUUUGUUACAAUGGGUAAUUCAUUGUAACUGGUAAUCUGUUAUAUCUGUAUUUCUUUGAGAUACGACUGCCUCAUGUAAUUUACUGGUUGUGCUACAGUUAUUCAUACUCCUUAUGCCUACACAGCAUGUUUGCACGAUUCAAUGAGUCGUAGAUCACGAUUUAGUGUGUACUUGUUGCCGUAAUGACAGCACUUGCUGUGUAGUAGAACUAUAGUUUUGAGUCCAGUAUGGACGCGAGUCUCUUCCCGAUACACUGUGUUCACAUAUGUUUGCAAUUGAGGUCAGGCUUCUUGUAUGAAAGUCUCUGCCCUUUUUUUUAGUUGUGAAUGUGCGUCUCAAUUCUGCAUUUUUAGAGGGCACAAUUGCGACCAGGCCCCUGCACGCAUAUAUGGCAGAAUUUUAUGACCUGAACCCGAGCUGGGUUGCAGUUUGUUUUGCCAUCGGUUACUACUUUCGUAACUCAAGGUUACUCUGAGGAAUUGAAAUCUGUGAUGUCUUGGAGCUGUUGUCAGCUUGUUUUCUGAGAAAUGUUUGUUCACUUUUAGCAUGUUUUUAUAGCCCAUACGCGGCUGUGCCCAGUGAUCAAUGCAACACUUGUCAACAGCUGCUGUUGGGAGAAAAAAAAAUGUCAUGUUGAUGCUGUGAAAGCUUGUGUUAUGUACAUUAUGUGCGCCAUAUACUGCUGUGUAUAAGUUUAUUUCGAAUAUAAGACACCUCGAAAGGCAAGAAAAUGUUUGAGAAGUGGAGUCACAGUGAAUCUAAUUUUCAAUCUGAUAAUGCCACAGGUAUUAUCACUAUACUCAGUGUAACUAUUAGACAUCAACCUCCUUUGCUGAUUUUACCGACAACACCAUAGUUGUCACUGUCUUUGUUCUAUUGUCGUGUAAAUGAAGUGCUUUUAGCACUUUGCGUACCGUAGUAUAUUAUACACCUUUAACUCAAUCUUUAUAGGUAUCAAUUUGUAAAGCUUAUCGAAGCUUUCUCAGACAGAUGCUUUCUUCUCUUCCUGACAAUAGUAUUGCCUUCCAUGUGAGCGAUGCUAAUCCAUGUCAAAAACACUUUCGUUGUUGAAAGCACCAGGACGUGCUUCCACACCAGUGCAAGCAGUCUUGCACGACUAAGUUAUGCCAUGGACGAGAGAUGGCUAUUCUAUGUCAUUGGCUAAAAGAUUGUCUAGAGCCACAGACUCCUGAGCCAACUUUGAGUUGAAGCCAUGUCAAAUCUGGAACCCUGGCAAAAUGUGAAGUCACUUUUAUGUGCAUGUUCACCAUUGAAUGUACAGACAUGUACCACCAUUGAAUGAUUUUUCGUGCGCAGGUCAGCACCAUGUAAUUAGGGAAGGUAAUGCUUUUAACAAACUUAACAGAGGUCAGCUUAUACACAGCAAUAUGGUGGCAUUUUGUUUUUCAAUCUGUUGACCCUUUAUCUGUCAUGACUCACAAAGUUAUUGCAUCGCCUUGUGAAUACUGCGUGUGGCUUGUUUUGUGGGGGCCCCCUCUCUGCAUUUUUUUUUCUAGUGUGUGUGCUGAAACGACAGGGCACCACCCUUGCAUAUUCCAGGUUUGUAUGCAAAAAUAAAGGCAGCAGUGACAACAGAAUCGUAGCACAUUUGGUUCACUGGUGUCUAGUCCG